AUAACCCUGUAUAAAAUGGCGGUUACUGUUGUCGUCGAUGUAUACGUACGGUGAUAGUUUGUGAUUUUCGAUUUUUAUAAAUUAUGUCGAUGUCUUAAAUGCAUUAUUAAUUAUAAAGCAAACUAAAAAAAUGCCUGCACAAGAAGUUGCGGUACCGCAGCCUCCGCAAACUGAAUUGGAAGAGCCAGCACCAGCUUCACAGCCCAUAGUUGGCAUUAUUUAUCCUCCUCCGGAGGUUAGAAAUAUCGUUGACAAAACUGCCAACUUCGUCGCCAGAAAUGGCCCUGAGUUUGAAUCCAGGAUUAGACAGAAUGAAUUGGGAAAUCCCAAGUUUAAUUUCUUAAACUUUGGUGACCCCUAUCACGCGUACUAUCAGCAUAAAGUCAAGGAAUUUAAAGAAGGAAAGGGCCAAGAGCCAGUAACUGGAGUUAUACUUCCUAAGGGUGUCAACUUUUCUGCUCAUCAAAAACAGCAAGAAAUUCUUAAGCAAGUUGAGCAGCCAUUCAUUCCCAAAGAUCCGCCACAGGAGUUCGAAUUUAUAGCAGACCCUCCUUCAAUUUCUGCCUUAGAUUUAGAUAUUGUAAAAUUAACCGCACAGUUUGUUGCUCGAAACGGACGUCAAUUUUUGACCAAUUUAAUGAAUCGCGAACAGAGGAAUUUCCAAUUCGACUUUCUGCGUCCACAACAUUCUUUGUUUCAAUAUUUUACUAAACUUCUGGAACAAUACACAAAGGUUUUAAUCCCACCCAAAGAUUUACUUCCGCGUUUGAGAGAUGAAGCUUCAAAUAUGGAAAAAAUUCUUGAAAAUGUGAAAUAUCGAUCAGAAUGGCUUAAAUAUCAAGAGGCUCAAAAACGCAAAGAAGAAGAGGAAUUGGAACGCGAGCGAGUUGCAUACGCUCAAAUUGAUUGGCACGAUUUUGUUGUUGUUGAAACUGUUGAUUAUCAACAAUUUGAGGUCGGCAAUUUUCCAGCUCCUACAACUCCCGACGAAGUAGGAGCUCGUGUUCUUAUGCAGGAACGUAUUGAAGAUGGUGAGGAUGUCGAAAUGCAAAUUGAAAGUGAUGGAGAUGAUGAAAUGCCACAUCGACCUGACGGUGAAAAGGAUCGAGCAAAGGAUAAUAAUCAGGUGCAAGAUAUGGAGGAGGAUUCGAGCGACGAAGAAAUUAUGGCUCCACCAGGAGAAACAAUGAGGAUGAGGGACAAUAAAAAUCGUGAAAGCACCAUGCAACCUCCGCCUCUACCACCAGCACCUGGAAAUGUUGUCAUUAAAAAGGGUUACGAUCCCAAGCAACACGCGGUCAAAGUCAUUCGUCCGCCUGCCACUGAGGAGUACCUUAUUUCCCCGCUCACUGGAGAGAAGAUUCCAGCUAGCAAAGUACAGGAACACGUGCGUAUUGGUUUACUGGACCCCAGAUGGGUGGAACAGCGGGACAAGCAUCUCGACAAACAGUCCCAAGAGACAGUGUUCGCACCGGGCACUGCGAUCGAGGACAGCUUGAAGCAGCUCGCCGAGAGGCGUACCGACAUUUUUGGCGUCGGCGACGAGGAAACGGCAAUCGGUAAGAAGAUUGGCGAGGAGGACAAAAAGAAGGACGACAAGGUCACUUGGGACGGACAUACGUCGAGCGUGGAAGCCGCGACGCGAGCGGCACGAGCGAAUAUCACUCUCGAGGAACAGAUCCAUCAAAUUCACAAGGUCAAGGGACUGCUUCCGGACGAGGAGAAGGAAAAAAUUGGACCCAAACCAGUGACCCGAGCGUCGGAACUCUCUCACAUGGCGGCUGCGGCCUCGAAACCGCAGGCGACUCUCAAGGCCCCACCGAAGCCUCCCGUUCCAAAGCCUCCGAUUCAGGUACCGGCGCAGCCACCACCACCAAUACCGAUGCCUAUGAUGCCACCCCAACCACCGAUGAUGAUGAUGGCGCCCAUGCCUCCGAUUAGGCCUCCACCUCUUCUUACACCUGCUAUGUCUCCAUUUAUGCCAAAUCCACCACCUAUACAACCACCAUUGCCAGCUUCAAUUGGAAUGAAGCAUUCAGCAGAACCAAUAGAAGAGGAACCACCGUCUAAAAAAUUAAGAACUGAAGAUUCUUUGGUACCUGAACAACAAUUUUUGGCCAGGAAUAAGGGUCCAGUUCAAAUUAACAUUUCAGUGCCUUUAAUGGCCGAGAAGACUGAAUGGAAGUUAAAUGGUCAAACAUUGGGAAUCACUUUACAACCCAGUGACACUGUGGCAGUUUUGAAAGCACGCAUUCAUGAACAAACUGGAAUGCCUCCUGGCAAGCAAAAACUGCAAUAUGAGGGCAUGUUUUUCAAAGACAACAACACACUCGCUUAUUAUAACCUUACAUCAGGUAAUGUUAUAAAUCUUCAACAGAAAGAACGUGGAGGUCGUAAAAAGUAAAUUUCUCACUAGUUUUUAUAAAACAGUGAUUUUAAAGAUAACCUUAAUGUACAUGUGGAAGUAUUCUGCCUACAAUAUUCAAUAAGAUUUUCAAAUAAUUAUUUCAUUCUUUACAAUCGAAAAGAUUAAUUUUCUAGUAUUUUUGAUGAGUGGGAUGGAAUUCAUUUUAACUAAAUAGAUUUGAUUAAAUAUAGUUUUAUUUUUGUUGAAUAAAUAACAAUAAAUUUAUUACAUUUCUUACAAAAUCUACAAAAAAUAGAAAUGUCAAUUUCAAUUAAGAAUGCAUUUCGUCGUGCAUUUUGAUGUAUCAAAAAUUUUUGUGCGCAAAGAAAUUUACACUGAGAAUUAAUAGAUUCUCAUUAAAAAAAAAUCAUUGUAAAUAAGUUUAGUCUUGUUUCAUGGGGAAAUAAAAUAAAUUUUCUCCGUAAGAAACUACAUUUCGAAUAUCUUGUAAUAUGACUCUUGAAUAAAUAAAGAUCAUUGCAAAAAUCUA